GAUCCAUUUUGCCGCAGACUUACUAAACCCUCGGUCUGUUGGUGCAAAUUUAUCAUCAGCCGAAAGGAUUGAAGCGAUGAAAUACAUUACUACUAUGUCAACCACGACCACGAUAGAGAUUGGUGAUGAAGGAGUGUCAAAGAUUACUGAGGAUUUAGGAAACUAUUUAGCUAAAACAGACUUUUUUGGCGAAACAUUUUUAUGGAACAUACUCGAUAAUGUCUCUUUGGUUACAUGGUGGAAAGGAUUUUGUGGACAUUCAUGCCUCUCCAAAGUUGCAGUCAGGAUAUUGACAAUGCCGUGCACUUCUGCGGCAACAGAGAGAAGCUUUAGCUCCCAGAGCAGCAUUCAUACGAAGAGAAGAAAUCGCCUAACAACUCAAAGGGCAGCAAAUUUAAAUUAUAUACAAUAUAAUUCAAAAUUGCUGAAACGUUCACGACAACAUCACAUACAAAGUCAAUAUCCUAUAGAAGAGACUGUACAGAACAACGUUUCGAUAGAAGGUAGAAACUUACAGAAGGAGAUAGAAGUAAUUGAAAACCAUAUUUCCGAAGAGGAAGAAUUAGACGAGACAAUAUCAUCAUGGCAUUCAAAUACAACAGGAAAUGGAAAUUCCGACGAUGAUUUUAAUUUUGCUGACUUUGCAAUGACCGAUGAUGAAAUUGAUCAAAGAAUGGAAACUAGGGAACAGAGACCAGCACGCAUUUUGAGACAAAGCAAAGUGAACAUUUUAGAAAACGUCUUAAUGAAAUCGGGUAAAGGCACAGAACAACCCCAAAAAAAAACGGAAGUCGAGAAGGAUACUUCAGAUGCCGAAAACAAGGUAGUUAGAUCUGUAUAUAUUAUAUUAUAAACCCAUUAUUUUUACUCUCUAUGUUUACACUUUCCUAUUUAAUUUCAGGAUGCAGUUCUGGAUUUGCCGGAGAUAAAAAAAAUUACACAAGGCUCAUUGGAAGAGCAAACAAUUGAAACUUCGACGUUUUAUAACAAGAAGGUCUCCAGUUGUCUGCGAAAAAGGAAGUUGUGAUUUAUAAAAGCCGCUUAAAACAAAACUAAAGAACCUAUGUUUUCAUUUCUUUAUUAUUUGUAUGUAUUUCUUAUCCACUUUUCUUUAUUUCAUAAGUAUGUAGUUACUUUGUGUUUAUUAUAUUCAAUAUGAAUGCAAACAAUUGAUUUUUUAAUACAAUGAACAUAAAUUACAUAAGUUACAUA